GUGGAGUUGCUGGGAGAAGGCGGCUUGCCUGUCGCUGUUGUAGCCGCGCGUCUACUGCAGGAGUCACAACGAGCUAGCAUUCGGUUUGGGAUUAGACGCUACGUGCGCUGACCAUUAUCUUUCCUUAAUUCCCACGGGAUUUAUCGAGUUGGGCUGCUUCAGCCGACUUCUCUUGUAAGAAAACAGAGAGGACAAGUGGUCCGGGACGAGAGAGCGUGUGAAGGUUCCUGAAAAAGGGCUGGUAUUCCAUUUGAUGGACAAUGUAAAGCUGGCUUAGUCGAUGUUGGUCUUGUCUUUAAAAAUGGGCCUUGCAACUGUGCUCAGAGUUAAGUGAGAAGUCAUCUGGCCAUGACCACUUCGCAUAUGAACGGCCACGUGACUGAGGACUCGGACGGAGAACUUAAAAAUUUGGACCUUGUCUCCGAGCCCCAACGGCACCGGGAAAUGGCUGUUGAUUGUCCAGAGGAGCUUGGCUCAAGGAGCUUACCGGUACGCCGGAGUACACAGCUGGAGCGCAUCCGCCAGCAGCAGGAGGACAUUCGUCGUCGUCGGGAGGAAGAGAGCCGCAAGCAAGAGCUUGAUGUCAAUUCCUCAAUGAGGCUUAAAAAACUGGCCCAGAACCCUAAAAUUGGAAUAGACAAUCCUACAUUUGAUCCUGUCGAGGGUAGUGUGCCUGAGGUACCCUGCAAUGUUGCAAAAAUUUUAGAACUUGAAGAUCUGCUUGCAUCGCUGAAACACAUCCAGCACAGCCUACUAGACUCUCAGAGCCAAGAAGACAUUGCAGUUGUCCUUCAGUUGGUCCAUAAUGCUGAUUUCCAGAAUGCAUUUCGGGUACAUAAUUCUGUUGCCGUGCACAUGAACAAAGCCAGCCCACCGUACCCACUUGCAUCCAGUGCACAGGAUCUGUCUUUGGAGGUGCAAAAUAUACUAAAAACAAGCCAGCAAAAGGAUGGUCAAGAGCUAAACACCUUACUUUCCUCACCACACAUUCAAGCAUUAAUGCUUGCUCAUGACAGGGUGGCCCAACAGGAGAUGCAACCCGAUACAGGAGCACCAAUUGUGGAUAACUCCUUUGAGACGGUAACACAGUAUGGUGGUGAGACAGUGAAGAUUGUUCGCAUUGAAAAAGCCCGUGACAUUCCCUUGGGAGCCACAGUGAGGAAUGACAUGGACUCUGUGAUAAUUAGCAGAAUUGUCAAGGGUGGAGCAGCAGAGAAGAGUGGGCUUUUGCACGAAGGAGAUGAAAUUCUAGAAAUUAAUGGUAUUGAGAUUCGGGGCAAAGAUGUCAAUGAGGUUUUUGACAUUUUGGCUGAUAUGCAUGGCACAUUGUCAUUCAUUCUUAUUCCUAGCCAGCAGAGCAAGCCACCUCCCACAAAGGAAACUGUGGUUCAUGUGAAAGCUCACUUCGAUUAUGACCCAUCUGAUGACCCUUAUGUACCUUGUAGAGAAUUAGGACUAUCUUUCCAGAAAGGUGACAUUUUACAUGUCAUUAGCCAGGAAGAUCCUAACUGGUGGCAGGCCUACAGAGAUGGGGAUGAGGAUAACCAGCCUUUGGCAGGCCUUAUUCCAGGAAAGAGUUUUCAGCAGCAAAGAGAAGCCAUGAAACAAACCAUUGAGGAAGAUAAGGAACCUGAAAAGUCAGGCAAACUUUGGUGUGCAAAGAAAAACAAAAAGAAAAGGAAGAAAGUUAUCUACAAUGCCAAUAAGAACGAUGACUAUGAUAAUGAGGAGAUCCUGACGUAUGAAGAAAUGGCGCUAUACCAUCAACCGGCCAAUCGGAAAAGGCCAAUUGCACUUUUAGGACCUCCCAACUGUGGCCAGAACGACCUCCGGCAGAGACUGUUAAUGAAUGAGCCUGAGAGGUUUGCAGUUGCUAUCCCACACACAACCCGAAACAGACGUGAUAAUGAAGUGAAUGGCCGGGAUUAUCACUUUAUUCCUCGGCAGGCCUUUGAGGUUGAUAUAGCAGCUGGAAAGUUCAUUGAAUGGGGCGACUAUGAGAAGAACCUUUACGGCACAAGCACCGAUUCGGUGCGGCAGGUCAUCAACUCGGGAAAGAUAUGCCUUCUCAGUUUGCACUCACAGUCCCUAAAAGUUCUCCGCUGCCCAGACCUCAAACCAUAUAUAAUCUUCAUCGCACCCCCUUCACAAGAAAGACUACGAGCUCUACUGGCGAAAGAGGGGAAGAAUCCAAAGCCUGAGGAACUGCGAGAAAUCAUUGAAAAAGCAAGAGAAAUGGAACAGAAUCACGGGCACUAUUUUGAUGCGGCAAUUGUGAAUGCCGACCAAGACAAGGCCUAUCAGGAACUCCUGCGACUGAUUAACAAGCUGGACACAGAGCCUCAGUGGGUUUCUUCUUCCUGGCUGCGCUAGACUUCCCCUGCGCAGGCACAUCUAGAACAGAGCCGAAGACCACUGGAGAUGGCACCAACAAAGUGGAUUGUGCAAGAAUGUUUAGACUGUGAUUUGAGGUUAUGUGGUAAUGUAGGAGACUGAAGCCUGGCCUUUUCCUGUUUUCCCUCCAUUAUUGCCCUUUACUUGGGACAUUUCCACUGGUCCAGUAAAAGAAAACACAGACUGAAAAGUGGAUCACUAAUAAAAACAUUUAUCUAUUUCUAUCUGUAUUUUAUAUAUACAUGAGACAGAGAUAGAUAUAUAAAUAUUUUUUUUAAUUUGUUGAGGAUUUGGUAAGUAAAGCAGUGAAUGGAAAUUAUCCAGCCAUGGAAAUAUGUUGUAUAUGCUAGCCAUACACAUUCCACUUCAUAUCAGCACUUGACAGCAAGAAUAAAAAAGAGAGACUUGCUACUGUAAGUAUUUAUAAUGUAAAUAUUGAUUAAAAGAAGGAAACUGUAACUAGUAUUUUAAAAGCCUGAAUUCUACUGCAUUACUACACCAUAGUAAUUGGGUCUAGCCAUCUACCUUAUAUAGAGUGUGUGUGUGUGUGUGCUUAUAUAUGAACAUACACACACAGACGAUUUGACAUUUUUUAUACAGGCAGAUGAUUUCUUUGUAGCAAACUGACCACACUGGCCACGGUCCCUGCGGGGGAGCUGUUCAUGUUUUUGUAGUGAUAAUUGAAUGACUUAGAUUUUUUAAAACUAUCUAUUUUUUUGAAAAAAUAGUAAAUUGUGUAAAAUUGCAGCUAGGUUUUUCUAGAUUUUUUUUCUUUGUUUUAGAAGAGCAAGUUUGUGAUGCUCAUGUCCCAGAUGUUGAUAAUUGUAUACCUGGAGUGGAAGGAAGGCAGACACAGGGAUAUGUGGCAUGAUGUUGUUUAACAAGAUAAUGUUCAACAAACUUGAAGUAGAAGAACAUUGAAUGUAAUUACUGUAUAAAACGACCUUAUUUUAAAAUCUCAUUUUGUCCAUCACUGAAUAAGACAGAUUAAAAAAAGAAACAUUUUUGAGA